AUGUCCGGCCACAACCUCCACAAUGCUCUCCUGCGCCCUCCCAUCAUCCAGAUCCUCCGAGCUCAAGGCUUCCAUUCCACAAGACCAUCAGCCAUCGAAUCACUAGCAGAUCUUACUGCGCGAUACAUUAUGAUCCUUGCUUCUUCAACCGCCGCGCAUGCCGCUAAUGCUCACCCCGAAGACCCAUCACCAGUUCUUGAGGAUGUUUACCAAGCUCUUCAGGAUGCAGGCGCUCUUCGACCUCAGCUACGAGAAUGGGAGGAAGACUGGCAAAAUGAGGAGGAUAUGCGUGGUCUUGAAUCUUUGAUCGGGUGGAUCACGGGCCCAUCACACCGCGAGAUUCGACGGAUCGCAGGCUUUGUCCCCAGUGAAGGCGACAUGAUGGACCCCGAUUCCCUCAUGAAGGAGGAUUACUUGACAGCCCUGAAGAAGAAACACAGCAAGACGGGUGAGGAGUCCCGAUAUGCAGGAACGGUUCUUGGAAAGAGUGCUGAAGAACACCCGAUCGUCAUCGAGGGUGGUGCCCCGAGCAUCCGGGAAUGGGGACAACAGGUGCGAUCGCGCGCACCUACCAGCCCACACAGCGAUACUUCAGGCGUCAGCAGUGUACCAAGCAAUAUGUCAGAGGGUGCCAUGGAAGUGUGA